UUGAAAGGCCAAAAUGGGUUUCCCAAUGGCUUCUCUCAGCCUUGUUCUGGUUUUACUGUCUCUUUUGCUUGCCCUUUCAAAUCUCUGCUGACUACGUUUACUCAUCUCCUCCACCUCCUUACCACUACUCGUCUCCUCCGCCUCCGGUGUUCUCGCCGCCGCCUCCCAAGCUCCCUAUCAUUAUGCUUCUCCUCCGCCACCAACUCACUCUCCCCCUAAGAAACCCUACCACUACCCGUCACCACCACUCCUCCGAAGAAGCCAUAUCAUUAUGCUUCCCCGCCGCCGCCGACUUACUCUCCUCCCAACAUCCUUAUCAUUAUCCUCUCCACCACCACCAACUUAUUCUCCCCCUAAGAAGCCCUACCAUUACUCGUCACCGCCACCACCUCCAGAAGCCUUAUCACUAUGCUUCACCUCCACCGCCGACUUACUCUCCUCCACCACCUUACCACUAUCCUUCGCCGCCACCACCAACUUACUCUCCUCCUAAAAAACCCUACCAUUAUCCGUCACCACCUCCUCCAAAGAAGCCUUAUCAUUAUGCUUCUCCACCACCACCAACUUACUCUCCCCCUAAGAAACCCUACCAUUAUCCAUCACCACCACCACCCCCGAAGAAGCCUUAUCACUAUGCCUCUCCUCCGCCACCGACUUACUCUCCUCCUAAGCAUCCUUAUCACUACCUUCGCCACCACCUCCAUACCACUAUCCUUCUCCUCCACCUCCAGUUUACUCUCCUCCUAAGCAUCCUUACCAUUAUCCUUCUCCUCCUCCUCCAAAGAAGCCCUACCAUUAUUCCUCUCCCCGCCACCAGUUUACAGUCCCCCUAAGCAUCCCUACCAUUACCCGUCUCCACCGCCUCCAGUCCACUCUCCACCACCGCCCAAGGCUCCGUACCACUACUCAUCUCCUCCACCACCACCCAAGAAGCCUUACAAGUACUCCUCUCCUCCUCCUCCAACCCCUGUUUAUUCUCCUCCUCACAAGCCCUAUGUCUAUGCUUCGCCACCCCCUCCUUACCACUAUUAGUUAGUGGUUUGCAUGGCCAUUGCUAGCAUCUCACUGUUUGAGCAGAAUAAAGAAAGCAAUGGAAGGAAGGAAGCAGUUUACAAUUGAGGAAAGAAGAAGCGAAGCAAAUUAAAGUUUCCACGUCGUCCGUCUUAAUUCAGAAAUGAUGUUUUAUAUAUAAAUAUUCAUCAGAAAAUAAAGUGUCAAUUUAAAUUGUGUCUUUUUCUUCUUUGGCGUGAGUGCCGUAUUUAUUUAAAGCUGUCAGGAGCUGCACCGAGAUGGUCCACAUGUACUCGUUCCUUUUUAAUCAAUGGCACAUGCAUGCAUAUACUUUGCGCAGUUUUCAUCCUGCUGCCUUCUCACAGCAGGUUUCUGAAAAGCAAAUAAAUUCAUAAUAUUCCCCA